GCUCACCUAGGUUGGCAAAACCUGGAAGCUUAACACAGGCCCGACUGUUCAAUCACUGGCUCAAUGACUGCGAUAAGAACCACGGAGAAACUUGUAGGGUACCAAACACUCGAAGACACCCUCCGAAAAGACUAAUCGAUGUCUCGUCGAACACCCUGAGACUCGUUUGCCACCCGGAUAUACGCCAUGACUCCUAUGUCAUUUUGUCACAUCCAUGGGGUAACAAAGUCCCAUUCUGCACGACCAAGUCUAAUAUCGAACAAUUCAAAUUAUCGAUUUGCUACGACAUACUGCCGAAGAACUUUCAAGAUGCAGUGACGGUGACACGGAGUCUCCAUAUUAAGUACUUAUGGAUUGAUUGUCUCUGCAUCAUACAGGCAGAAAAGGGAGACGGAGGAGACUUUAGAAUUGAGUCUCAGUUCAUGGAGGAUUACUUUAGCGGCGCUUACUGUACAAUUGCUGCAGAUACUGCUGACGGACCAGACAGCGGAUUUCUAAGAGAACGACCGGUAACUGGAGAUAAGGCUAGGAAGUGCCAUUUGUUCCAAAGCAAUCCCGGUAGCCCCGAAUCGGCUCUUUACAUAUGCAAUAACAUCGACGACUUCGCCCGUGAUGUCGAGAGAAGUUACCUUAACACGCGCGGCUGGGUGUUUCAGGAGCGGGCGCUCUCGAGACGUACCAUCCACUUCACCGACACCCAAGCCUACUGGGAGUGUGGUCGUGGAGUACGUUGCGAGACCUUGAAUAGGAUUUUCAACCGGAAAUCAUCGUUCCUAUCUGAUCCUAAGUUUCCCUAUUCUGCCAUUCAAUUCUACGAAGGCAUGCGGAUCAAAUUCUUCCAGUGUCUCUACUCGAGAUAUUCGACUCUUGAUUUCUCGCAUGAAGUCGACCGAUCGGUAGCCAUGUUCGGCAUCGAGAGACGACUAGCGAAGACCUAUGGUGUACCGGGGUACGGCAUCUUGGGCGGAAAUUACCUUUAUCAAAGUCUACUUUGGCAGGCAAUGGAUGCAAAUAAACCACUUCGAAAAAUUAAUUAUAAAGAUGGUAACAAACCUCCUUCUUGGUCUUGGAUGGCGGUCACGGGCCCAAUCAAGUAUAUGGACGCUCCGAAAGAUACGAUGGUAUGGGACUAUACUAUCAAAUCGCCAUUGAAGGACCAGUCAGUAAGAGCUGAUAUUGCGAAUUUGCCCUUGAAGGAUCCAUUAAUCUCAGACUUUAUGGUUCAGGCGAGAGAUAUUAAGCUGUCGAAGGAAAUAGACACUCAAUGCUUCAUUUACGACAGACCUGAGUAUAAAGACAACAAGUUAGUUGAAGAAAAGUUGAAAUGUGUUAUUAUUGGGUGUGAAAAAAAAGAAAGUGGGGAUUUGCCCUCUAAUUGGUAUACUCUUCUUAUAAUCCCGACAGGCACGACUGGAGAUUACGAGAGGAUAGGGGUCGCGCACAUGACGGCAAAGGCGAUUGACCUAGCGAACGGGAUUGACGUACGGAUUGUUUAGUAUGGAUGUGAACUCCGUCCUCAUACGUACCUACCUAGUAGGUAAGCAAGUCCUUACGGGUCGAGCUAGAUGUUCUUUUCUAUGUCUGUACUAUAGUGUUAGGUUAUAAUUAUAUCGGUGUCUAGACUUAACAAGUAAAACGACGAGGUUGAUUGGGAGGUGUAAGAUAAACUGUUAGAUCCAGGCCUCUAAAUAGAUCGCUUAAGAUGAUUAAAUACACAUAACCAUUCUAUUUUUCCUUGCUUUUAACCAUAUAAUGCCUAUUUUAGGAUAUCUAAC